GUGCUUUAUGAUGGAAAGCUUUCAAGUGCCAUAGUUUUUAUGUAUAACCCUGUAGCAACAGACAGCCAGUUAUGUUUACAAGCUGCCCCAAAAGGCAAUUUUUCCUACUUCGUCCACACUCCACAUGCCCUGAUGCUUCAGGACGUGAAGGCCAUCACAACACAUUCCAUCCACAGUACUCUUAAUUCCAUUGGUGGGAUUCAGAUCCUAUUUCCCCUACUGGGACAACUUGACACUCCCACAGGUGUAGCAACAUCUCCAAAACCUGAUGGCAAGCCAACAAUUUGUUCCACUUUGAUUGGGUUUAUUUGUGACUUGGUGGAGCAUUCCACAACCGUCCAGCAGCACAUGGUUCAGAACAAAGGAUUUCUUGUUAUAAGUUAUCUACUGCAAAAGGCCUCUCGAAAUCACAUAACAGAAGAUGUGUUGAAUUCCUUGUUGUCCCUGACAAAAUAUCUGGUAACUGUGAACAACAGCACUACAGAACUCUUGCUCAAACAGUUGUUAGAUCACAUUUUAUUUAAUCCUGCCUUGUGGAUAUAUACGCCUACUAUGGUUCAAACAAAGCUGUACAUGUAUUUGUUUAGAUCAGUUUAA